AUGACGAACCCAACGACAGCUGAGAGCUCGCCAGACAACGCCAAGCUUCCAACGGCGAAAUGGGGAGCGGCGUGCUCAGCGUGCGCAACGGCAAAAGCAAAAUGCAUCAGAUCAAAUCCAGAUCCUAGCGCAAAGUGUGACAGGUGUCAGAGACUUUUAAAAGAAUGUACGGGACAAAUUCAUCGGCCGCGCAAAAAGCGGCAAGCAAAGCCAUCUCGAACCGCCCAGAUUGAAGAGAGGCUCAACGGCCUGGUUAAUCUUCUUCAGGCUUCCGGUGAAUUAAACAACAAUCAAUCAUCGCUGGGUGCUCUUAGUGAUGCGGCGGCUAGAGAGCAUUCCGCCAUGACGCAUGACACACCUUCAACCAACUCUACCACGUCCUACCCGCCAUAUUCAAGUUCCUGGAGAAUUCCUGAGACGUACAACUCUCAUGCUAUUCCGGCUUGUAUUUGUCGCCCCGAACCUGGCGACGCGCCUCCUCCUCCGGACUCUGAUGAUGUUCUCCUGGAGCUCUACCGGACACAGAUGCAGCCAUUGUUUCCAUUCGUGAUUAUUCCGCCAUCAGUGUCCGCAGCUGAACUAAACUCUAGCCGCCCAUUCUUGAUGUCGGCAAUCCGUAUGGUUACGUCCUUCCGCAGUUUAAGGUCUAUGAGGGCUCAGAUGUAUCGCCUCAUGAGCCACAUCUCAGACCAUGUUCUCAUCCGUUCGGCCAGGUCACUGGAACUGUUGCAGGGAAUUAUUAUCAUGAUUUCUUGUCACCAAUAUCACUGCCUUAUGCAUGCGCAAAUGAACAACCUCAUUGCAUUAGCAAUGAGCCUGGUUGCUGAUUUGGGUCUCAACAUGCCACCUGGAGUACGAGAGCAGACGAGACUCAUGGUGGCGCGGCCCGAUGAACCGGCUGGGCGAACUAAUGAGGAAAGGAGAGCUCUUCUUGGAGUAUGGUUCGUAACUUGCAACAUUUCGGUCAGUUUCAACAGAGUCGAAUCGUUGAAAUACACAGCAUACAUUCAAGAUUGCAUGAGGGUGCUUGAGGAUUCAAGAGAAUAUGAGUCCGAUAUUACUCUCCUCUAUCUUGUCAGAGUGCAGCGAUUAACAGAACGCAUCUUUGAGCUCAACUCUAAAGAUAAGGCGGUAGAGGACAUCCCUGGGCUGCCUUCCGCACCAAUGUCGGCAUAUGUUGCUGCGUUUCAGAAUGAAAUCGACAGGAUGCGUAAUAGCCUACCCCCAAAGUUGCAAAAUGACAACCUCUUCAUGUCGUACCUCAACACGGCGAUGCUGAGACUAUAUGAGCCUCCAGCAGUUGACCUGUCAUUGGUCAAUUCUCUUACCAAUUCUCUCACAAGCGGUCCCUUGGGUCGAGGCACUCCUCUCGACAGACUCUAUCAGUCUAGCGCAGCCCUUCGCAACUGGUUCGACAACUGGUUGGCAGUGCCUGCAUCUUCUUAUUUCAGACACCCUACCACCAUCAUGUCACAGUUGGUAUAUGCUAUUACGAUGCUUGGACGAUGGGCACAACUGGCGACACCCAGAACCGUAUACGAAGGAGGAACACCAAUGCCAUUUGGGGAAGCCAGUGCAGCUUACAAUGCCGAUUCGCAAAUGACUACCAACGGACUGUCCGAACCUAGACCCGCCCAGGGAUAUGCCCAAGGCGAACAGAAACUAAAAUGUGCUGAAGCUUUGGACCAAGAUCUCAUUUCAGCUGUUGCAGGUCUGCAAUCACAGCUUCAGUCGCAACCAGGACUGACGAUCAACAUUCCGGAAAUCCUUUCCACAAUGUGUACCAGAUGCGAGCAAGUGAACAACAUCUUCCAACAAACGACUCCGGAGGAAGAGAAGAUGGACAACAAUGUAUGGACUUUUAGCGCUCUUAAGGUCCGGAUCACGCGUGUCAAGCUUGAAAAAUGGGCAGAGCUUGUUGCUGCUGCAGCUGAAGGAGCCGAGAGGGUUUCCAAGAGCGAGCAUGCCCAGCACUGGCGAGGAUCCUAUCCACAGGCCUCGUCUGCGAAUAUGGGACCGCCUCCUCACGGCAUGGCGGUCAAUGGGUUUGCGCAGGAUCAAACCCAGAUUCAAAACUUCCUGGACAGUACUCCUUGGACAUCAGAUCUUUUGGAGGGCAUUGAUCCCACUGUUUGGUUUGACGGGUAUCUAGAUUGGGGAACUUUGGUCAUGAAUUCUAUGGGUCAGGGGCCAGUGGGACAGCAACCUCAAGUUUGA